AUGGCGCCGUCGUCACCGAGAACCUCGGCCUCCACAGCCCCAGAGCUGCAACAGACACAAGCACAACCGCAACAACAGCAGCAAGCUCCCCCGACAACGACAGAAGCACCAGCGACGACCACACAACGUAUCCAAGACGUACCACAGACUCAACAAACACCGGCUACGACGACGACGGCGACGACGACGACGACAACAGCAGCAACAGCAGCACCCGGCACCGCAGCCCCGGCGUCGCCACCGCUCCCCGCACGCCACACGGCCGUCGCGCCCGGACCGAGGGCGACGGCGCUGCAGCAGGCGUUUGACGAGGCGCUGAACCGCACGCUGGCCAAGCUCGAGUGGGACAAGUUCGCCGCCUGCUACCCGACCGUCUCGGCGCGGGCGCCGAACUCGCUGCGGUCGGUGCAGCAGCGCGUUGUCGGGCUGCUACCACCUCACCUCCUCCCGCCAGAAGACGUCCUGGCCGCGAACCUGGCCCCGCUCCUGACCGCGCAGCAGAACCAGCUCAACGCCAGGCUGCAGACGAUGCAGUCGCACAACGCGGCCCUGUUUGACGAGAUACAGACGCAGCGCGCAGAGGCCGCCGCGCUCCUGGCCGAGCUCGAGGCCGCCUGCGCCGACGUCUCCGGCGCAAACGCGCUGCUGGACGACGUCGCCGACGAGCUGGCGCGCGAGACUCGGGCCGCCGACGUGGAGAUGGGUGGGGCAUAG